AUGGGCGGCAGUAUCAUAGUGGCGGAGGUGGCCAAGCAGGGGCGGGCAGAGGCCAGGAAGGAGGAGGCGCACAGAAGAGAGGUGCAGGAAGCAACGACCCGUUAUCGGUACCUACAGCAGGAGAUGUUGCAAGCGAGGGAGAGACUGGUGCAAGCGCAGCACUCCCUUGGUGUGGAUGA